AUGUCGAAAGCUACCGUCAAACCCACUUUCGAGGCGUCUCGCACCCUCCGGCCCAUCUACACAGGUGGCAGCACGGCGCUGGAUGCCACAGGUCGCAUUCUGCUGACCUGCGUGGGUGAAGAUGCGCUGAUCGUGGACUUGGACACGGGCGACCAGCUCGCCAGUCUGGAGGGAGAUGGAGAGAUUAUCACCAGUUUAGCCAUUACGCCGUCGGCCUCGCAUGCGAUUGUCUGUUCCCGAUCCAUGUCCAUGCGCAUCUACUCCCUCAGUCCUUUCGACGAAUCAUCCCAGCCCAUUGAGGCCGAACUCCGUCGAACACUCAAACCCCAUACCGCUCCCGUCGUGACGACCGCCGUGGAUCCGACUGGCACAUUACUCGCUACUGGAGGCGCCGAUGGGUCGAUCAAGGUCUGGGAUAUCCGAGGCGGCUAUGUCACACAUACCUUUCACGGUCACGGAGGAGUCAUUUCUGCGCUCUGCUUUUUCGAGGUCUCGACUUCGGAAGGUGCUACGAAGAAAAAGUCAAAGCGGAGGAGCGAUGAAGAUGCCGACAUGGAAGAUUUUGCCUCGACAGCAGGGUUCCGGCUGGCCUCCGGCAGUGAGGAUGGAAAAGUGCGUGUGUGGGAUUUGCACAAAAGAAAAUCCAUUGCAUCGCUCGAAUCGCACGUCUCGCUGGUGCGCAGCUUGUCUUUCUCCCCCACAGAGAACGCAUUGCUUUCAGCGAGUCGAGAUAAAACGGUGAUUGUGUGGGAUGCGAAAACGUGGAAGACACGCAGGAUCAUUCCGGUUCUCGAGAGCGUGGAGGCCGCCACCUUCAUUGCCGAUAGUGGUCUGUGUGUGGUCGGCGGAGAAAAUGGCAAGCUUCGAGUUUGGGACUGCAAUCGAGGAAGCGAAGUGACGCACGACCAGGAGGCUGGCGAGGAAUUUGAGGCCAUUGUGGCGAUUCAAUAUUCUCCCGGCCUGUCAUUCGCCAUGACUGUCCAUGCUGACCAGACUCUCCGACUGCACUCACUCGAGUUGUUGUCCGAUUAUCAGCCGGGUUCGACCUUGGAGCCAUUGACUAUUAUUCGACGCAUCUCCGGAAAUGACGACGAGAUCAUCGAUCUGGCUUACGUUGGCCCAGAUCGGUCGAUGCUCGCCCUAGCCACCAACACGGAAAGUAUCCGAGUGGUGUCAGUUGGCCCAUCUGAAGAUCGGUCGACGGGUCAGGGCGAGGAGUACUUCGGGGCAGAUGUCACAAACCUCGAGGGUCACGAUGAUAUUAUCAUCUGCAUUGACGUCGACUGGUCCGGACACUGGCUGGCUACCGGAGCCAAGGACAACACCGCUCGUUUGUGGCGCCUGGACCCGAAAACCUCGUCUUAUACUUGCUUUGCUGUUUUCACCGGCCACGCCGAGUCCCUGGGGGCAAUUGCUCUCCCGCGGGUACCACCACCGGCUGGCAGCUCGGCAUACAACGACCCGCUCAAUUACCCCCCAUCGUUCCUGAUGACGGGCUCACAAGACCGCACGAUCAAGCGUUGGGACACCGGCAAGCUACCACCGCUCAAGGGAGAAAACGCACACUCCCCCAAAGCGGUCUACACGCGCAAGGCACACGAGAAGGAUAUCAACGCUAUCGACAUUGACUCCUCGUCUGCACUGUUUGCUUCCGCGUCUCAGGAUCGCACUGUCAAGAUUUGGUCUGUCGAGGAAGGCUCCGCGGUGGGAAUUCUCCGUGGCCACAAGCGAGGUGUCUGGUCUAUACGAUUUGCACCUCCAAAGACGCCCGUAGUCUCGUCAGAGACUGGAACCAGCACCAAUCGCGGCUUGGCAGUCACCGGCUCGGGUGACAAGACCGUCAAGCUGUGGAGCUUGUCAGACUACAGCUGUAUUCUCACCUUCGAAGGCCAUACGAACAGCGUCCUCAAAGUGCUCUGGCUCCCGCCUCCGCAAGUUUCCACCACAAAGAACGGGGGCGAGAACCAGGAUGACGACGACGAAGAAGCGGCGACGCACAAAUCAGCUGCGCAAACCCGGCCGCUCAUCGCCUCCGCUGCGGCAGACGGCCUGGUCAAGAUCUGGUCGCCGUACACCGGCGAGCUCGAGACCACUCUCGACAACCACACCGACCGAGUCUGGGCCCUAGCCAGCCCAACCCCGUCCGGAUCCCGCUCAGACGUCAAGCCCACCUCCUCCAAAGUCAACACAACCCCCUACGCCCUGGCUUCCGGGUCCGCCGACUCCACCGUCACCUUCUGGACCGACACGACCUCCGCAACCUACACGGCCACCGUGAAUGCCAGCGCCGCGCGCGUCGAGCAAGACCAGCAGCUUCAGAACUACGUGCGCGCCGGCCAGUACCGCGAAGCCAUCACUCUAGCGCUGCAACUCAACCACCCAGCCCGGCUCCUCUCGCUCUUCACGGCCGCCGUCAACGCCGCCGACGACCCGACCCUCCCCGCUGAGGACCGUGCCCGUGCUGCCAACAGUCUGACGGGCAACCCGUCCAUCGACGAGGUACUGCAAUCCCUUGACGCGGCCAACCUCCGCACGCUGCUGCUCCGCCUGCGCGACUGGAACACUAACGCGCGUACCGCCCGCGUGUCGCAGCGCAUCCUCUUCGCCCUGUUCCGCUCGUACCCGGCCUCGACGUUCGUUGAGCUGGCGACGCAGUCUGUGAGAGGCAAGAAUGGUCGUGCCGCUGCAGGCCUGAAGGAUAUCUUGCAGGCUCUAGCGGCGUAUACAGAGAGGCAUUAUCGGCGCGUGGAGGAGCUCGUCGAUGAUAGCUUCCUUGUUGAGUGGGUGCUCGGCGAGAUGGAUGGCGGUGUUGGUUUGGGUGCGUUGACGAAUGGUGUGAAUGGGGAGUCGGAGGAGGCGCAUGAGAAGGACGUGGUCAUGCUGGAAGCAUAG